CGCGCGUCUCGCACGCUCCCAUGCUAGACCACGCGCUCGUCGACUGCUCCCAGUCGAGUGCCAUGCAGACUCUGACCCCGCAACCACAACGCGAAGCUGACGAAGACCAACUCGCCGACGAGUAUGUUCAAAACUUUGAGCUCGACCAUCUCGAGGACCACCUUGUUAAACGGGAACCUUUCCGCAGCGGAUGGCAUGAUCUGGUAGAGACGCUUCCCCCUUGCGCGCGCGCUUGCAGGCAGUGGCCGGACGCGGGCCCCUACCCUCAGCCUCACCUCGCUAUCGCCGUUGACCCCAGCACACCCCCAGAGACACCACCCGCGCCGCUGGGCCGGAGUCCCUGUCGAGCCGGACCGGCCGAGGAUGUUGUUUGGUUACCGCAUAUGAGAGAGCCCUUAGACAUGCGGACAGUUCCCUGUGGAAAUUUCGAAGAGUGGGACCGACGGGAAUGGAGAGACCAGGAGCAUCACAUGCAGCAGGUCGCGCUCCGGCCGGCCAGCUCGUGCUCGGCUCUGUCGCCCCGCACCGGGCUCCAUCCAUCGUACCAGACUUCUUCUUGUGGCGACGACCUCAUAAGUGACGACUUGCUCAUGACGCUCAGUGUCCGCGAGCUCAACAAACGACUUCACGGGUUCCCAAGAGAAGACGUCACGAGGCUAAAGCAGAAGCGGAGGACGCUCAAGAAUAGAGGCUACGCGCAGAACUGUCGGAGUAAAAGACUGCAACAACGGCAGGAGCUGGAGCUGGCGAACAGGUCUCUGCAGGAUGAGCUGCAUUUGCUGCAGCUGCAGGUGGCCCGCGUCACGCACGAGCGGGACGUGCUCAAGCAGCGGCUGGCGCUGGUGGGUCGUGAGCACGCGGUGCCUCAGCACGCAGGACACGCUCCCCCCACGCCUCACUCCUCGCCGGAGUUCUUCUCGGAGCUGUGACGUCAGGGCGCGGCGCCGCGCUCCGCCGCCGCCGCUGUCACCUCCGCCUCUGGCAACACCUCCUGCGCCUGGCAGCGCUACUGAGGAAUGACUCCAACACGGACUGCUCGUGCUCUUGUUAAGUUUGAAUUAUAUCAGUUCCAGUUUUAUAUAGUUUCUCUGACGGUGGAACAAUGUGGCCGGCGGACGACAGUGGCUCCUACCGCCGUGUUAAAUAUUGAAUGGUUGUGUCGUAAAUCAUAAUAUAUUGCUAGCUUUGUUUUAUAAUGACGUAUUAUUAUAUUUCUAAGUUGAAAUGAUCGUAUCAUAUUAAUCAUAUAAGUAAUAGGAACUAAUUACUGUAAAUAAGUUGACCUAACUAC